AUGACUGAAAUUAUAAAAACAUCACCUUCAGAAGAAACGACAUUGCACAACAGGGGAUACAAACUUACUAAGAAACUGGGCGAAGGUUCCUACGCAAAAGUAUAUUUGGGCGAAUUCAAAACCGACUCAGAAUCCGAUAAGAAAUAUCAACUUGCUUGCAAAAUAGUUGACACUACUAAAGCGCCGAAGGAUUUUGUUAAGAAGUUUUUACCAAGGGAGUUGGAAAUUUUGAUCAAACUGAAUCAUCCUCAUGUAGUGCACGUACACAGUAUCUUCCAAAGAAGGGCCAAAUAUUAUAUUUUUAUGCGAUUUGCUGAGAAUGGCGACCUGUUAGAGUUUGUUCUAAAGAAUGGGAGUGUAGCUGAAAAUCAAGCUCGGGUAUGGUUGAGACAGGUGGCAUUGGCGAUUCAAUAUCUGCACGAGAUGGAAAUAGCUCACAGAGAUUUAAAAUGUGAAAAUAUUUUACUAACGAAUAAUUUUAAUGUAAAAGUGGCGGAUUUUGGAUUCGCCCGAUAUGUCAUGGACUUCCGGACUAAGAGGCUUCUGUUAAGCGAAACGUAUUGUGGAUCAUUGUCUUAUGCUGCCCCUGAAAUUCUGAAAGGUACUCCGUACAACCCAAAAAUAGCAGAUUUGUGGUCACUCGGAGUUGUAUUGUACAUUAUGCUCAAUAAAGCAAUGCCAUUUGAUGACACCAAUAUUAAACGAUUACAUGAACAACAAAUUAAUCGUCGUUGGAAAUUUCGUGCUCGUGUAGUAGAUGCCUUAAGUGAACAAGUGAAAAAAUGCGUUAUUAAUAUGAUGGAGCCGGAACCAAGCAAACGAUGGCGGAUUGAUCAGGUCGUACAGAGCGACUGGAUUGGAAUGGAUUCACGAUUAUUAGGUCUAAAUUCUGCUGAAAAUGCUGCUCUCACACAAGCUAUAGAGGAGCGCAGACGUAUGAUCCAAGAAGGAGAGAUGAGAAACCCCGAUGGAACCAGUUCUCGACCCAUAGGUCAGACACGUACUAGAGAUAUGAGUAUUUUAAAAGAAGGACCAAUACGAAAAGCAGUGUCACAAAGACUCUCUGAUGAUAAGAGAUAACAUUUUACAAACUAAUGUCACAUA